AUGAAUAAGAACUCCGUGAAUAAGUUCAGAUCAUUUAUUAUUGUAAUUCAUCAAAAAUAUGGAUGUUUACUUUUAAAAUCAUCUAAAAAAAGUGAACAUGAUAUUUUUCAAUUACCAGGAGGUAGACUAGAUGAAAAAGAUUUGAUAAUCAAUCAACUGGAAAUGAACAAUGAUGAUUAUAAUAUUAAAACACAUAUUUUACCUAAAGAAGAUUCUUUUAAAGUAGCAGCAGCUAGAGAAUUAUAUGAAGAAACUGGAAUGGAUUUUAGAAAUCGGCUUCAUAUGUUAAAGCCACUAGAAUUCGAUUUACCUAAAAAAUGGAAAUUUUUUUACUUGGACAUUACCAAUACAGAAAUAACUGAAAAUCAAUGUCAAAAUAAAAGUGAUAGAAAUUGUUAUUUUAAACCAUUUCAAAAAAUUGCUAAAUACUUCAUAUCAAUACUUUACACACUAAACAACUGUUUUAAUACCACAAAUUUCCAUUUGAAAUUGUCUAAAGAGCACGAAAGUUUUUUGUUUGAAAAAGACUUAGUAAAAGCUUCUCAGCUCGUUCAAUCUCACAGUAAAGGUAUAUGCUCUAAGGCACUAUUACUCUUUAAACAAAACUACCAAACAUAA